GCUCCAGAGCCGUUUUGGCUCGAGGUUUUUGAUCGAGCUCACGCCGCCCUCCGCUGUCGCACGCCCUCUGCAGGAUGGCCGCCAUGCGCUCCCGCUCGGCCCUCCCCGCCCUGGCGCUGGCCGCCCUGGCCCUCGCCGCGUGCCGGCCGACGUCCUUCGUCCCCUCCCCGGCGGCGGCGCCCCGCCAGACCCUCGAGGUGAGCAGCGCUGCGUACGCGGCGGCGCUGGCGGCCGCCUCCGCCGUGCCCGCGCCGGCGCUGGCGAUCGCCUCCGAGGACGACGACGGCUUCGACGUACGCAUCAUCGCCGUGCUGGCGCUGCCGCUCUUGGCCGCCUCGUGGGCCCUCUUCAACGUCUGGCGCGUGGCCUUCCGCCAGGGCGCCCGCAUCGGCGAGGGCGUGGGCGGGGGGAACUCCAAGAUCGGCCUGGCGCCCGAGGAGUGAGCGCUCCCUGCGGGCUGUUCCUUCUUCUCUGGGCCUGCCCCCUCUCACGUCGCCUACGGGCUCGCCACUGACCCCUCCCGAGGAGAGGUCCAGGGCUCGAUUCUUGACUUUUGAUCAGGGUCCGAGUUGUGCCCGUGCGGAGACUCACAACACCGCGAGCCCGUUCCGAUCCGAUCUUCCCCAUGAUGCAAGAGGUUUGCCCCCCAAUGAUCCAAGAGGCGGACCUCUCCUCUUUUCCCUCCCGCCCCGUGUAGGUGAAUCUCUCACCGCCUCUGCGGCUGGGGCCGGCCGGAUUCACUCACCCGUUUUUCAAUCGGAGAGGUCGUGUUUGCACCCGCCUCGUCGAGUAAAAUGCCGCCCGCUCUAGGCUCUUUCUCUCUCUCUCUCUCUGUUUG